GGAAGCUGCACGAGCGCGUCUCUCGUCCGUGCCAGCAAGAUAGCGCACACUGUCCCCUUGUCUAUUCUGCAGGGUAGGUAAGCUACCGCAGCAUCCUAUAUCGUACCCUGGGUACCUUUGCAUUCUCCCGACUUUUAUCGUGGUUAGAGGCUCGCAUCUUUAGGUCCAAAAUGCUCUGUGCAUCGGCCGCAGAGAGAAAUAAAGAGCCCAUAUUGUCUGUGCUGAGGGAAUGCGUGGACACCAAUCGUCCGCUCAAAGCGCUGGAGAUCUCGUCGGGUUCUGGACAACAUGUCGUGCACUUCGCCCAGGCUUUCACAAACAUUACAUGGCAGCCUUCUGACAUAGAUUCGCAGUCUAUUUCCAGUGUGCAAGCCUACCAGAACCACUUGAAGCUGGACAACGUCAGCCCAGCCAUCUUCCUGGAUGCCUCGCAGUCAUGGGAGAGCUGGGGUGGAGUCCAACCCGAGUCCCUGGACAUAGUGGUCAACAUCAACAUGAUUCACAUCUCACCCAUUGCCUGCACACACGGUUUAUUCAAAGGCGCAGGAGUGCUCUUGAAACCACAAGGACUGCUCCUAACAUACGGGCCAUAUGCAGUGAAUGGAGUCAUCACACCGCAGAGCAACGUCGACUUUGAUCACAGCUUAAGACAGAGAAAUCCUGAGUGGGGUUUAAAAGAUGUGUCUUUCCUCAACUCCCUGGCUGAAGAAAACGGCCUCUUUCUUCAGAAAAUGGUGGAUAUGCCUGCAAAUAACAAGUGCCUCCUAUUUCGUAAGGAAAGCCAAGUUUGAUUAACUAUUUUGUUUCCACAACAGUUCUCAAAUUCAUCCACUGCACAAUUUGUAAAUAAAAUUUGCCAAACUGAAUAAAAUAUUGCUUAAUUUUUA